AUGCAUAGAAAUAAAAAGUGUGACUCCAGUACACGGAGUCCCAGGAACAUCUCAGACAGAAUUAAAGACCUUGUCACCACGAAGAAGUUAUUCAGCUUUUGGGGGAAGGGAAAGAACGACGAUCCCCACGGCUGCUCUUCAGAACUGUCCACCGGCAUGGCCAGUCCUGUCCCCAGCCCUUCCGCAGGUGAGGAGCAUCACCUUCAGGGUAAGCACAUUAAGAAGCUUCACAAAGCUGCUUCAAUGGGCAAUGUGCAGAAGUUAAAGAAGCAUCUUGACCACAAGAAGCAUGAUGUGAAUGCGCGGGACAAAAGAAACAGAUGACCAGAGGCCAGGAUCUAGAAGGGCGUUAGCAGAACACCUUUGCUUUUGGCCUGUGCUAAUGGAUACAUAAAUAUUGUGUGUCUCUUAAUUAAGAAUCCAUGCAAAAUUAAUGUUCAGGAUAGUGAAAACAUAACCCCAUUGAUGAAGACAGUACAGUGUCCAGAGGAGAUUUGUGCCACUGUUCCUCCAGAGCCAAACCUGGUGGAUUUUGAUAGUAAUACUGCACUCCAUUAUGCAAAUAUCUCACUAGUCAAUAAAUUGCUUGAAUGAAAAGCCAACCUUGAAGCUAAAAAUAAG